GUUACUGUACAGUAAGAACAUACAAGAAGAACCAACAACGAGUCAGUCGGUCUGUCGUUUGAUGCAACACUGAAAUAUUUUUAUUGAAUCAACACAUCAACUUUUUCGAAAACAUUCCCUGGGAGGAACAACAGAACAAUUCGAUUAUUAUUAGUAAUACAGAACCAUUGCACAAAAAACCGAAGUGAUCUAUUUCGCAAAAGGCGUGCUUAUCUUUCCAUACCAUUCUGAUCCGAUUCACAAACAGAAAAACACAAUGAAAUAUUCCACAACAGCAGCACUACUUGCCAUUGCGAUGUCUGGCGGAUCGGCCUUCACUCCUUCUUUCCGCCGCCAAGAAUCGACGACCAAAACAUACAGUUCUGUUGAAGUUCUUGUGGAGGCACCGCUUGAAGAGACCGUGUCGGCUGAGGUUCUCGAAGCAGACAAAGAGGAUUACGAAGGACCGCUCACUGCAGAGCUGAUCAAUUCUAGAUUGGAGAAACAACUUGCCAAAAUGCGACUGAAGGAUCAAACGUCCAAGCAACUUGAAAAAGAGGUGAGACUUGAUUCGUUCGGAUGCCACUUUUCGUUUCCAGCAUUAUCCCUUUCUCUUGGACACUUAUUUCUAACCUGCAAUUGUAUUAAUCUUCAAUACCAGGACCUGGUCAUCAUUCAUGAAGAUAAAAAUAUUUUAGUCGUCGACAAACCCUCCGGUGUGUUGACAGUUCCAGGCAAGAAUGACAAUCCUUCCUUAGCGGCUAGCGUUCAUGCAAAUGUGAAAAAUAGCUUGCCAACCGGUGAUCACAUGGUUGUCCAUAGGUUGGGAAUGGACACUUCGGGAUUGAUUAUAAUGGCCAAAAAUAAGAACGCUGUUCGGGAACUCAACGGUGUCUUUCGAUCCAGAAAGGUAGACAGGAGAUACGAGGCCCUCGUUGCGGGACACAUUGAAAAGGACGACGGGUUAAUCAAUCUUCCGGUCAUGAGGGAUUACCGAUGCCCACCCUUUGUUCGAAUUUCUACUGAUGAUCAUCAAUGGGCCCUGGUUGACUUGACAGCAGAGGAUGUUGGAAAAAAGAUUCUGGAGGGCCCCAAAGAAAGCAUUACCAAGUAUGAGGUUGUAUCGCGAGAGUUUUUACAAGGCUUUCCAGUAACGAGAGUGACAUUGACGAGUAUUACUGGACGAUACCAUCAGAUCAAUGUACAUUUGGCCGCGUUUGGACAUCCUAUUAUUGGUGACAACGUGUACGGAAUAAACGGCGAAGCCUUGCCGAACGGUGGCUUGACACCAGCCGAAUUGAACGAAUUGAUUCCCAAUCCCAACCGAGCGGAUGACGAAACCCAACUGCUGCUAAAUGAGUCGGUAAAUGCAAAGAAGUUGCCUCCCUGCAUCCACGCCAAAUAUAUCAAAUUCACGCACCCCAUCACGAAGAAAGAGUACGAAUUCAGCACAGACUCUCCAUUUUGACCGAAUAGCGGACAUAUCGGUUCAACAACAGCGAUGUCAUGGGUAUCAGGAAUGACGAAUUGCUGAAUCAGCCAAUCAAUCAGUCAUGCUUCGUUUGUGCACAAAGAGAUGCUUCGAAGGAAAAUAAAGGUACCCAAUAGAUAGGCAGAAAAAGUCUCACAUGACAUUUCUCCAGCAUUCAAAUCGAAAGUCGACUUGACAUCGUCUCUAAACAGUACAGCAUAGGCACUAAACGAUCACACUCUUG